AUGGCCUCAAAGUUACACCAAGUUAAAACGACAAUCAGUGGUAUGGAGGAGGACUUAGAAGUGUUCCAGGAACAAGCUGUGACUAAAGCUUCUCCAUGUGAAGUUGAACUUCAGGAAUUGGUGCAUCAAAUUGACAUAAUGGUAAACAGAAAGCAAAUAGAAUGGGAAAGAAAGAUGAGAGCUUUGGAAGCAAAGAUGGAUAUCCAGGAUCAAGAAUUAGCAAGUGCCCGAAGCAAACUGGAUCAAAAAGGUCAAGAGGUGGGACUACUUCAACAAGAAUUGGAAAACUUACAGAAAACUAAAAAUGAAAUGGCUCAGAGUUAUGAAGCUCAGCUUCAAGCACUGAAAUCUCAAUUCUCAAAGUUGGUACAUAGCUAUGAAAAGCUACAGUCAUACCAGUUAAAACAGAAAAAGCUUGAAAGCAGAGAAGAAUGUGAGGAAAAUCUGGAGACAUCAUCUAACCCAAGGAAUUUAUACGUGAAACUUGAGGGAUUUAAGGCAAAAUCACAAGAAUGGGAGAAGAACGGGACAACCUAUGUAAAUAACCCUGUUUAUGUAGAUAUGCAACAAAAAUUAUUUCCUGAGAAAUGUAGUUUAUUUCAGAGGCAGAGCCAGAAUUAUCAACUCCAAAUUUGCAAUAAGAAACAAAACCAAGAAGAGCUAAUUACCUAUACCCAGCCCAAAAAUGAAAACGAUGAUUCGAUUAUUGAAAAGCUAAAGGCAAUUGUGAAUGAAAUAGCAAGAAACAAGAAUAAACUGGUAGAGGAAAACAUGAAACUCCGUGAGGAUCUAAAAAUGUACCAAAAUCAGUGCCAGAACAUGGAGGCAGACAUCUCAGACAUGAGAAAUGAUCUUCAAUCAAGGGAUGGUCUCUGGAGAAGGAUACAACUGGAAUGCCAAAAGUUGUAUACAGAACUAUUGAAAAUCAAAGAGUAUAAAGAUAUACAGGAAAUUCAAAUAAAGUAUGAAUGGCAUCAAUCAUCUCAUGUUCAGCUUACUGAGCAACUAGAAAAUAAAAACCCUGAGUUAUUGCUGUUUGCAGAAAGUCAAGAAUGCCAAGAAGAAGAGCUGAACAAGAUAAGAAACCAUGUUUAUCGAGAAGAGCAGUCCCAUUGCUCUGAGCAGGAAAGAAUGAAGACAGAAAUCUCUGACCUGACAGAGGAGCUUCAUCAGAAGGAGAUCACUAUAGCAACUAUCAUGGAGAAAGCUAGUCUUCUGGAAAGACAGUUAAAAAUGGAGUUAGAGACAAAACACAAAUUGUUAACAAAACAGCAGUUGUUGGAAUUCCAUUACCAAGUUAUCAAAUCUGAAAACACGCAUCUAAAAGAAAUGGUGGAAAACCAGGAGUGUGAAAGUUGCAUGUGUAUAGAUUUAUGUAACAAAGAACAUGGAAAUUUCACAGCUUCUGUUCACAAAAUGAAACAUGAGAAUUUAAGACUACAAAAUACCCUUGUUAAACCGCAAAAUGACACAGAAACAUCGACACUGAGUUGCAUGGAUACAUACAGAGAAACAGAGCACAGCUGCCAAACCCAUUCAAAGAUGCAAGAAAAGGAAGAGAGAUCCUUCCAAAAUAAAGAUUCAUGGGAAAUGGAAUGUCAACAGACUGCUGUGCUCGCUGCUGGUGGAUACCACAGAAACUGCACUCCUGUUUUGUAUGGCCAAUGCAAUAUCACUGGUUCAAAAAGUGAUAGCACUUUAUCUUCUCAUCUACUUCACAGAGGCCAUGAAAAGAAAAUAAAUUCUAAAUCUCCAUUAACACCAGUGAAGUAUGUUUUGGGUAUUCCUGGGCCAUUUCCUGAAGCGGACAGAACAGGCAGCUUUCAGAACCCUGGUUACAAUGUGGAAGAAAUCAAAUUAUUGUCUCCCCCUGAGAUGUCCUUCCUUGCAACAACAGAAAAGUUCCUUCAAGAGGAAGAGAAACACGCCAGAGAAUUUGAAGAACGUUUAAAUUCACACCUCGAAGAACUGCAAAGAUAUUCUGAAAAUACUCUACGAAAAUAUGCCAGGAUGCAGCAAAGCAGGCAUACUUAA